UCUCUGCAGUGGUCCUCCAAAAUAAAAAUAUCUGCAGCCGGCCACCUUCCACUCUUUGCUAAACUGACAUCAGGGACCUGCCAAGGAGGGGGGGAAUACCCACCGGCCGAUCACUCCUUUAAAAGAAACACACAAACAAAAACCACUGGACCAGGUGCUUUUCACAGAAGGACUUUUUCUCUCUCUCCUUCAUUCAUGUCUAUCUAAACUUGGGACUUUCAAACAGAGGUUACCCCAGCCUCCUCCUCUGCCUCCUCUUAUCCUAGACCUCCCCUUUAUUCUCCAGGCCGGUGGUGGUGCUGAACUCGGCCAGCUUGUUUCUCAAGGUCAGUGAGAGGGGAAUCUGCAUGCUGCCAAGGGGGUUUGGGUAGGGCAAAAUCUGGCGCGUGGUUUAAGUCGCCAGCCGGUUGUCCCCUGCAGCCGCCGCCGCUUCUGUAUGGGAUUCGCUAGUGGCACAGCUGCCGGCUAGCGAAGGGUUAAACAGCAUGUGCGCUCAGCUGGAAGGAGGGAGGUGUGCGGAGGGCAAGUCAGAGGGAACUGCUUCUGGCCAUGGCAUUCGUCCACAGUGCAGAAGCUUCGAUAUCAAUAUACUGGCAUCGCAACGGUGAGAGGUCCUUGGGACGUCACAUGCAGGUGUGUGCACUGGAGCAACAACAACAAAAGAGUCAGGCAAAGAAAGCUCAUCCGAAAGGGCCGUAAAACUUCCACGCUCAGUGCAUCUCCGAGCGCCUGUCAGAGGCUGCCCCAGGAAAACGAUCGCCUCUGCUAUCACAUUGCGCCGCCGGCUGCAGAUAGAGCAAUUACUAAGCUAAAAUUGGACAGGACGGCUGCUUUGCGGAUGAUUUCCCUCUCCGCCCCGCCUCACCCCAGCUACAGUGCCAUUGCCUGCCUUAUGCUAUUUAAGACCCAGGCUCCAUUAACUGUCUCCCUCCCUCGCCACCGUGAUCAAUAAUGCAGCUUCCCUUUAAAAAAACAUUCGGCGUAAUCUAUGCAGGAUAGAGCCAGUAGAAUUAACACACCUGAUCAUUUCUUCCAGGACCAGAGAACAGUGGGUUGGUUUUUUUUAAUUGAGGCAAAGGCAGGGGUGCAAUUAGGUCAUUCUGACCUCUGGCCUUACUGGGGCCGUAUAUGUGUCUGUGCAGGAGUGGGGGGUUUAGCCCUCUUAAGACAGAAUUUUUUUACUUUAAAAUUGUGACAAGUCAGCUCUGCUGCAUUGAGGGCACUUUCUAACUUGUUCCACACCCUCCAGUUUUCCUUUGAUGAAAUUAGGUACCUCAUUUUCAAUACAGUCAUGCCUCAGGUUACAGACGCCUCAGGUUGCGUUUUUUCAGGUUGCGGACUGCCAAAACCCGGAAGUACCGGAAUGGGUUACUUCUGGGUUUCGGUGGCCGCGCAUGCGCAGAAGUGCUAAAUUGCGCUUUGCACAUGUGCAGAAGUGCUGAAUUGCAACCCGCGCGUGCGCAGGCACGGGUUGCGAACACUGCGGGUUGCGAAUGUGCAUUCCGCACGGAUCACGUUCGCAACCCGAGCGUCCACUGUAAUAUUAUUACUAUUAUUACUACUACUACUACUACAACAACUGGACCUAAUGGUCAGAGGUCCCUUUACCUUUACUACUACUACUGUUACUCCGCAUAUCUGAUAGGGUUGCCCCAGCCACUCUGGGUGGAUUCCAACAUAUAUAAAAACAUAAUAAAGCAUUAAACAUUACAAAACCCUAACCCUAUACAGGGCUGCCUUCAGAUGUCUUCUAAAGGUUGUAUAGUUACUUAUCUCCUCGGCUCAGGGGCCACAUAAUUCCAUACCCUCCAAAAUUUAUCUGGCGAAAAUAGGGACGUCCUAAGGAAAUGCGGGACAUUCCAGGAUCAAAUCAGAAACCAGGACGGCUUCUGUAAAUCCCGGAUUGUCCCUGGAAAAUAGGGACACUUGGAAGGUCUGUCAUUCAGCUAAGCAAGGACCUUCCCUGCUUCAAAGAUAUUCCCUGAUGGUAACCCCUAUGCAGAAGCAGAGAUUAACUAGGUGCUGCAACAACCCGUAGCUCUAACCAUUGUGAGCUUCCUGUUAACAGAUUGAGGUUGAAUCCUGACAAGACAGAAGUACUGUUUUUGGGGGACAGGGGGUGGGCGGGGGUGGGGGACUCCCUGGUCCUGAAUGGGGUAAUUGCCCUUGACCAGGUGCACAACCUGGGAGUCAUUCUGGACUCACAGCUGUCCAUGGAGGCACAGGUCAAUUCUGUGUCCAGGGCGGCUGUUUAUCAGCUCCAUGUGGUAUGCAGGCUGAGACCCUACCUGCCCACAGACUGUCUUGCCAGAGUGGUGCGUGCUCUGGUUAUCUCCCGCUUGGACUACUGCAAUGCGUUCUACGUGGGGCUACCUUUGAAGGUGACCCGGAAACUGCAAUUAAUCCAGAGUGCGGCAGCUAGACUGGUGACUGGAAGCGGCUGCCGAGACCACAUAACACCAGUCCUGAGAGAUCUGCAUUGGCUCCCAGUACGUUUCCCAGCACAAUUCAAAGUGUUGGUGUUGACCUUUAAAGCCCUAAACAGCCCUGGCCCAGUAUACCUGAAGGAGCAUCUCCACCCCCAUCGUUCAGCCCAGACACUGAGGUCCUUUCUUCAUUGUGAAAAGUGAGGUUACCAGACAGAGGGCCUUCUCGCUAGUGGCGCCCGCCCUGUGGAACGCCCUCCCUUCAGAUGUGAAGGAAAUAAGCAGCUAUCCUAUCUUUAAAAGACAUCUGAAGGCAGCCCUGUUUAGGGAAGCUUUUAAUAUUUAAUGCUGUAUUGUUUUUAACACUCGAUUGGGAGCUGCCCAGAGUGGCUGGGGAAACUAAGCCAGAUGGGCGGGGUAUAAAUAAAUUAUUAUUAUUAUUAUUAUUAUUAUUAUUAUUAUUAUUAUUCGAGCUGCAUCCUCUGCACACUACAAUAUACCAUAUCCGUGAAGGCAUGACAAAAAGUUGUGUACGUGGCUGCAUGGGCCUACUAAAAAAAAAUUAUGGCCCCGAUCCAGCCAGAAGCUAAAGCACCCUUAAGUAGCAGCAUUGCGUUCAGUCAAAGAACAGAGUGCAUGGCUGGCUGUGUCCCAGGGAUGGAGGACUUGUGGGGCUCCAGGUGUUACCAAACUUUAACUCCCACCAUUCCAAAGUCAAACCACUGGUCCUGCCGGCUUGGGCUGAUGCAAAUUGAAGUUCAGGAACAUCUGGAGGGCUGUGGGUUCCCCAUCCCUUGUUGUAUCCCACUGAAAUCAAUAGCAUGUAGAUUUCAGAGUGCCAGGCUGGUGUUAAAAACUAUAGAAUCUGGGUUAUUAUUAUUAUUAUUAUUAUUAUUAUUAUUAUUAGGACUGGGUUUAGGUUUGAUGAGGCCUUAAGCUACUGAAGGUAAUGGGGCCCUUUAUAUGUCCAGCUGUCCUUUGUCAACAACAAAUUGGCACUGUUUUGUGUGUUGAAUAUAUGCUAUGUGGUAAUUUAAUGGACCUAAUAGGUAUCUAAACCAGUGAUAAUUUAGGGAGCAGGCUAGCAGGCGGGGCCCAUGACUUCCAUCAUAAGAGCCAACAAAACACAAAACACAGUUGCUGUAUGUAGGUUUUAUUUUAUUUGUUUUUUAUCUUAUAUUUUGGAAAUGUACAUCCAGUAUUUUUUCCUUUAAUUUUUUUUUGGUAGGAGGCCCAAGAGAGUGGGGCCCUAAGCUUUAGCUUUGUUUAGCUUAUACAUAAAUCCAGCACUGAUUAUUAUGCCUAAGACAUUUUGCUGCCCGGGGCAAAAGACAGAUUGACACAUUUCCCCAUGGACAGACAGCACAAGUGAAUCUUACAUGGGUGGUUUGGAUCCAAGGGUUCUGUGUGUGCGCGAAAAUUGCGGAUUCCCGAUCCCUUGGAACGGUCCUUGCAGGUGAUGUGUGGAAGGGAGAAAACCUCACCCCCUGUUCCUAGAGGCAAGCUCACCUUGCCCAGCAAGCAAGUUGGACAGCUUAAAACCUCUUCCUUGCUCCAGCUACCCGGCGCGUAGAGAGCAGGUUCUGGGGGGGCUCACAUGAGAGGCGGCACACUGAGCAGGACCCCAGCAAGGUGGAGAACUUAACAGCUCUUUACAUGCUGAGUAACCUCAAAUGAGCCUGGCACAUGAAGAACAUUUAAGAUCUCUGCUUUCUUUGCAUUUCACACACACAAUUUAAACCAGACGGCCUUCAGCCGUGUAUGGUUGAAAUCAUGCAAGUUAAAUGCACAUAAGAUGCAAUCGUACAUUACAAAGAGCUCCCUCAGCUGGCAGAAGAGCUUGUCCCUACACUCGAGGGGGACCCUGGCAGAGACACAUGCCCGACUGGCAUGUUCUCUCCCUCCUGGUUGAUCGUUCGGGAGCUUCAAAAGCUUUCUUCCACCCGAACAUCACAGUGACCGAUGCCAACAGACAUCGGCACACUUAGGGAUCUGCAGAGUCUUCGCAGCUUGCAUGACAGACCUCAGCAAGUCAGCAUUUUGGCUAAUCUACUUUAUUGACAUAUAAACACACACGGAACACCGCAGCAUGGCUCCUUCUCUCUCUAGCAUCAGACAGCAAAGAGAAAAAGAACAAAGGACAAUAGUCCCACUUCAUGGAACACAGUAACACAAACAUCCUGUCUUCGUCACUUCCCACUCUGUGGAGUCAAAACAUACACCGUCAUGUGAUAGACAACAAUCCAAUGACUGCAAUCAUGGAGCAGGAAUUCUAACAGAUGUCACUGUACUAGAAGGCAGCUGCUUAGUGUGCAAAUACUACUACUACUAUAUAAUAUAUUUAUACCCUGCCCAUCUGGCUGGGUUGCCCCAGACACUCUUGGCGGUUUCCAAUACAUAUAAAACAUCAUAAAAAUCAAACAUUAAUAGUAACAAUCUGAUUCAAUAUACAGUGGUACCUCAGUUUACGAACUUAAUCCGUUCCAGAAGUCCGUUAUUAAACCAAAGCUGUUCUUAAACUGAGGUGCACUUUCCCUAAUGAGGCUUCCUGCCACCAGUGCCCUUCCCCCGUUUGGAUUCCGUUCAUAGACCGAGGUAAAUUUCGCUAACCGGAACACUACUUCCGGUUUUGCAGAGUUCGUAUACCGAGUAGUUUGUAAACAGGGCUGUUCUUAAACCAAGGUACCACUGUAUAUAAAAAAAAUCACAAUAACUUUAAAAUAAACAGCAUAUCAAAUAAAGCAAUAUACAAUAACCCAUUAGAGUAUAAUAGUAAACAGUAAAAUUAAAGGAUGUCAAAUAAUAAUUAAACAGUUUACACUUAUCGAUUGACAUAAAGAAUCGCCCACCUAUAAUCAAUUUUAAAAAAGCAAAUCGCCAUGCAUAAAAUUGCACCCAGCAUACAAAACUAUGUAAAAGGAUCAAACUGAGAAACAUGGGGAACACAACUUAUAAUUUAUUUAUUUUUAAAUAUCCUAAAAAAUAACUACGGGCUCAAGAAGGCAGUGAUUCCCAUUCUGAGCUGCAUUCAUCAGCAGGGGUGGCAGCUGCCUCAGUCUGUCUCAUGGGCGGACCAGCCCUGAUCACCAAUAUCAUUGCUUUUUGCAGUCCAGGGCCAAUUCUGCUCUGGAGUCACUCCCAUGUUAUUCCUUUCUAUUCCUUUCUGCGCUGACUGUGCUGUUCAGUCCAAAGAACGAGCAGAACCCAACAGGGCUGGCUCCCUUGGGUGCAUGAAGUUUGUAGGACAUCUCAAGAACAUCUGCUUGUUCAUGCUUUGGGAAGUUGCCUGUCUGCAUGGGGUCUGGGGCUGGGUGUGGCCUUCCAUUAAGUUAUUAACUCUGUGGGAAUGUGACCGAUGAGAAGAUAACAGCAGCCGGGGCUACUGUGGGCAGCUGAUAACAGCGAGUUCGAGGCCAGAUAAAGUUGUGGGUAGGAUAUUUCAGCCAGAGCUGGGUGUGCAUAGGUGGCAGUGGAACAGCUCUCUUGCAGGCCCUGUGGAAAGAUGUCAAAUCCCGCAGAGCCCUAGUCACUUGUGACAGAGUGUUCCACCAGGUCGGGGCCAUGGCCGAAAAAGCUUCUGUUAAGGGUGCAGGAACUGGCCAAGGGGUGGCUGGGUGGGUGUAGCAAAGUAAAGGUAAAGGGACCCCUGACCAUUAGGUUCAGUCGUGGACGACUCUGAGGUUGCGGCACUCAUCUCGUUUUAUUGGCCAAGGGAGCCAGCGUACAGCUUCCGGGUCAUGUGGCCAGCAUGACUAAGCAGCUUCUGGCGAACCAGAGCAGCGCACGGAAACACCGUUUACCUUCCCGCUGGAGCGGUACCUAUUUCUCUACUUGCACUUUGACGUGCUUUUGAACUGCUAGGUUGGCAGGAGCUGGGACCAAGCAAUGGGAGCUCACCCCGUCGUGGGGAUUCGAACCGCCGACCUUCCGAUCGGCAAGCCCUAGGCUCUGUGGUUUAACCCAUAGUGCCACCAAUAACCAUUAGACUAGGGACAGCUGCAUCUUGUGCUAGGAAUAUUCACCCUGUGCAUGUAUGAAUGAAGACAGCUCUGCGGCCAGAAUAACUCCUGCGAUGCCUUGGAACCCACAACCAACUCUGUGAAAUGUGAAGGUAUCUCGCCCUGCUUCCUUCCCUCUCCAGAUCUGGAUCCUCUUGGAGUUGGCUUCUGUGGCAGCAGCGAUUCUCCAACAUGGGCAUUAAAGCGCAGUUGCCCACUUACGAGCUGGGGCUCUACGCUCUGGUCGUGGCAGGUGCCAUCGUUUACAGCGGGCAGGAGAUCUUCGAAAGCUCCAGAGGUAACUCUUUCCGUCCAGUCAAGGCCAAGAGAAUGGGACUUUGAGUCAGUUGGGCCAGAGGAGAGGACAUCUCCCUUUUCCCACUUGUCCUAUAAAACAAGGGCGGAGAGCCUCUUUUUCUUCUUCAGCUGAGGGCCACAUUACCUCCUGGGCAAGCUUCUUGGAGCCACAUGCCAGGGUGGGCGGGGCCAUAAGCCAAAGUGGGUGGAGCAACAAAUGCUAAUUUGCUUCCACCUCCCUCUCUAUUGUCCAUCCAGGCAGGCUUGAAGUUCUGUCAGAGGACAAGGGUGCAUUAUAGCUGGGCAAAAACAGUCAACAAGGGUGCAAGGCCGGGUGUGGGUGUGGCUCAGGAAGGGGCGUGGCCUGGGAAGGGGCGUGGCCUGGAUGGACUCCUGAGAACCAGGCAGAGAGAUGAUUUUAUAAAUAAACAUAUAAACAAAACAUAUUGAGAGCCAGUGUGGUGCAGCAGUUAGAGUGGUGGACCAGGGCCUGGGAGACCCGGGUUCGAAUUCCCACUCAGCCAUGAAGCUAGCUGGAGAGAUACUUACUCUCAGCCUAACUUAUGUCAAAGGGUUGCUGAAAGGAUAAAAUGGGAUAGAGAACUCUGUAUGCUGCCUUAAGCUCCUUGAAAAAAAGGUGGGAUAUAUACAGUGGUACCUCGGGUUACAAAUGCUUCGGGUUACAGACUCCACUAACCCGGAAGUAGUACCUCGGAUUAAGAACUUUACCUCAGGAUGAGAACAGAAAUUGCACGGUGGCAGCGGGAGGCCCAGUUAGCUAAAGUGGUAUCUCAGGUUAAGAACAGUUUCAGGUUAAGAACGGAAUGAAUUAAGUUCUUAACCAGAGGUACCACUACAAAUGAAAUAACGUGAAUAAACAGAAACGAAAAUGGAAAAGAUUCAGAGCUCUGGUAACACAAUAAUAUUCAAGCUUCCAUCCAGUGAAAGAAGGCAAAUUCCAAGAAAUGAGCCUCCCAAAAGGCUCAAAUGUAGCCAGGAUGCCGAACUAGAUGUGCCAUUGGCCUGAUCCAGCUCAUCUUAGGCUCUUAUAAGGGUAUUGAGGCAGAUAUAUGCAAACACACUUUCGAUUCUGCCUGCCCCUGCAAAGGUUUAGGGGACAGCUUUGUUCCCCAUCAGCUCAUGCCCUUUGACUUCCCACUGAAAUCCUGUAUAAUUUUGUGCCACAAGCUUUUUCUUUUUUUUUCAGGCUGGGGGUGGGUUCGUACUUUUCUUGUGCUAAAGAGUAAGUGCCCCUCCAGGCAGAAAGAACACAGUAGCACCAGGGAAGCAUUGCAGAACCGCAAAUAAAGCCGAACGGUGUGUGGACGAUCUGGUCAAGUCCACCACUGAGAUGGAUCUCUCGCUUGGACUACUGCAAUGCGCUCUAUGUGGGGCUACCUUUGAAGGUGACUCAGAAACUGCAACUAAUCCAGAAUGUGGGAGCUAGACUGGGAGUGGCCGCCGGGACCAUAUAACUCUGGUCCUGAGAGAUCUGCAUUGGCUCCCAGUACGUUUCCGAGCACAAUUCAAAGUGUUGGUGCUGACCUUUAAAGCCUAAACGGCCUUGGCCCAGUAUACCUGAAGGAGCGUCUCCACCCCCAUCGUUCUGCCCGGACACGGAGGUCCAGUUCCGAGGGCCUUCUGGCGGUUCCCUCCCUGCAAGAAGCCAAGUUACAGGGAACCAGCAGAGGGCCUUCUCGGUAGUGGCACCCGCCCUGUGGAACGCCCUCCCACCAGAUGUCAAAGAGGAAAAACAACUACCAGACUUUUAGAAGACAUCUGAAGGCAGCCCUGUUUAGGGAAGCUUUUAAUGUUUAAUAGAUUAUUGUAUUUUAAUAUUCUGUUGAAAGCCACACAGAAUGGCUGGGGAAACCCAGCCAGAUGGGUGUGGUAUAAAUAAUAAAUUAUUAUUAUUGUUGUUGUUGUUAUUAUUGUUAUUAUUAAUGACACUCAUUGCAUCAAUGACAUGUAGAGGGGGGGGGACCCUCAGCCCCACCCCAUCAGUGUGGAGAAGCCUUAAGCCUGCCGACAGCAAGGGAAAAUAUAGCCCCUUGCUUUUUAACAACAAUAACAAUAGUUUUCAUUGUAUACCAUAUUUUUUGCUCUAUAGGACACACUUUUUCCCUUCUAAAAAGUAAAGGAAAAUGUGUGUGCGUCUUAUGGAGUGAAUGCAGGCUGCGCAGCUAAGCCCAAAGCCAGAACAGGGAGACGGAGCGCUGCGCAGCUUGGGGUUAGCUGCGCAAAGCCUCCGCAGGGCAGUGCUCUUGCUGUUCUGGCUUCUGGGGUUCAGAAUUUUUUUCUUCUUGUUUCCUCCCCCCCAAACUAGGUGCGUCUCAUCGUCUUAUCAUCCGGUGCAUCCUAUGGAGCGGAAAAUACAGUAGUUACACUGUGGUAUUAGCACCCUGUGCUCCUUAAAGAGCUACAUGAGUCUUGGGAUUUAACACAGACAGUGGUGCAAUGAUACAGGGAGGCUGGGAAGGCAACUUAAAGUUUGGCUGCAUUUGGGAAGGGGGAUUAAGAGGGUAAAACGGAAGGACAGAGCCUGUUGAGCCAAAGCCAAGCAUUUGGCCAGAAGUUUUGAAGUUGCUCCAUAACGCUUGGAGUAAAGGUCAGCAUUCUGGCACCUGCCUAGGCUCCCUGGAGUCGCCAGGGCAUGCGCAGUAGGGUGGCAGGUUUCUAAGCUCAGCCCCAGUGCGCCGUUGCACAGAUGUUGCACACAAGGGUGCAGGCCUCUGUGUGUGGCUCAUUCCCCGCCACCCCAUCACCUCUGUUGUGCCAAGUUGAGUUGAUGGUGUGUUGCUGUAGCAACAUGGCGGUGUGCCACUUUCGUACCUGUGCAGUUCACCCCCUGACUUACCCCUGGCUCCAUCCUUUGUCUGUGGCAGGUACCAGAAGCUACCCAGAGCAUGUAGUUGUGUACUACAAAAUGACAGUAACCGAUUGUGGACAGGACUCUUUUCCCCGGUGAUCAAAUAAGGGCAGCGGACAGUGUGGCGAGUCACCGCAGUAUACCAUCUGGCUGAGUUGCUGCAGCGUACCAACAUGGGGAAAGAGAAGGGUGCAGUGGAGAGAUGGGCUUGGUGCACACACGCCGGCAGAGCCAAUCUAGUGGUCCUGCCAAGGUGUUUGCACCAACCUUGCCACUGCCUUGCCUUUUCCUUCCCCUCCAUCCUGGCAUGGUGCAAUAACUCUGGUCAGGAGGAUGCCAGAUGAUUGACGCAGUGGGAAUUUGAAAUAUACUCAGAGUCGAGUGUGAAUUUCAUGCUCUUUAUUCAGCUUGUAGUAGCAAUGAAUGAAACUUCCCCCAAAACGUCUGGCUAUAUAUACAUUAUUUACACAAUGGUCCUUGCAUGACUGGCUAAUUCUGGGCUGCUCCUGCAGGCCAAUCAGGUCGCUGAUUCACUUCCACCUGGAGCUGGAUUGGGUGGCUCCUGCGGACCAAUCAGACUGCUGCAUUCUGGAUCCUAUUUUUCUAGGAUUCAGCUCAGUAUAUGAAAUAUACUCGGAGUCGAGUGUGGAUUUCAUGCUCUUUAUUCAGCUCAUAGUAGUGAGGAAUGCAAUUUCCCCCUAAAUGUCUGCUUUAUAUACAUUAUUUACACAAUGGUCCCUGCAUGAUUGGCUAAUUCUGGGAUUCUCCUGUAGGCCAAUCAGGUUGCGGCUUCACUUCCACCUGGAGUUGGAUUGGGUGGCUCCUGUGGACCAAUCAGACUACUGCAGUCUGGAUCCUAUUGUUCUAGGACCAAUCAGACUGCUGCAAUUUGAUCCUAUUCAACUCAGUACAUAACAGAGUUGUAGUUCAGAGUGCCUGGAGGGCACUAGAUUGGCCGGGCCAAGGUGUUUCCUCGUUGCGACCCGGUGCUUUCCCCAACAAGUAACACAUUUUCUCUUUCAGAAAGCAUGAACCGAAAAGCUUUCCGGGAGAACAUUAAACCAGGAUGGCAUUACUUUGGCAGGAAAAUGGUGAGCGGUACAAUUUUCGGGGCAAUCUUUGGCCAGUUGCUGCUUAGAAGGGGGCUGGGCCGGGCCGGGCCGCAAUGAAUAUUCACACCUGCUUAAAAUUUGCCAAAAUUUGCCUCCAGAGCUGUCAGAGGGGCUGUUCAGUGAAUGUGCACAAAGGAGGGAUGUGGGUGGAGUAUGUGUGAAUUGUGUAGGCAGAGAUGAAGACUGGGAGACAUAUGGGUAAGUCAUCUGGGUGGGUGUACAAAAUAUGAUUGGGUGAAGGAUCCUGCCUCAUGAAUCUAGCUCUAUAGUCCUGCCACGACUACAGAUCUAUGAAAUCAUAGAUCUAUGGGCCAGGGCAUCUAUGAAGUCAAUAACUUCCCAUGAUCUAUGGGGCCACAGCUACUACAGAUGUUCGCUCUUGUUCAAAAGCAGCAUCACCUCCUGUCACUGAAAAACAUCCAUAAACCCAGCAUGGAGGGCAGUGAAUACUGGUCAGGCCUGCUGGCUUGGACCCAGGACAGUGGGUGCCCGGGUUCAUGUGUAUGCAUGCAUCUGAUGUCAGCAUGCCUGUGUGGCCAGGGUGCAUUUUUGGGAGGGAGUGUGACUGGGCGCCCCCACAUGGGCUCCCUCAGCCAGUGUGGUGUAGUGGUUAAGAGCGGUGGACUCGUAAUCUGGGGAACCGGGUUCGUUUCCCCGCUCCUCCACAUGCAGCUGCUGGGUGACCUUGGGCUAGUCACACUUCUCUGAAGUCUCUCAGCCCCACUCACCUCACAGAGUGUUUGUUGUGGGGGAAGAAGGGAAAGGAGAAUGUUAGCCGCUUUGAGACUCCUUCGGGUAGUGAUAAAGCGGGAUAUCAAAUCCAAACUCUUCUUCUUCUCAUUGGAGUCUUGUUCCAGCACGCAACUGGAGCUCUACUCCCAGGUCAAAUCUGAUUCAGGGGUGGACAGAGCGGAGGAGAGGCACUGGCUGCCCCCACGAGGGAGUAGCCAGCUCCCUCAUCCCAGCUCAGCUCCACUCCUAUGUCAGGUCUGACCCGGGAGGUGGACAGAAGAAAAAAAGUCGGGGCAGCAUUGCUGCUCAUCUCCUCAGUUGGGCAGCAGGCCGGACGCAGCGGGCUCCCUCAGGGGCACGCUUGGUGGAAGGAUAUGUUCUGCCCUUGGGUGUGCUGACAUCGGGCGCACUUGCCCCACGGCGUGCGUGGCCCCUUCAUGGGGAAUGUUGUGGGGGCUGGAGCGCACACAGCCCCACACGCUUGGCAUCUAUGAUACUGGUACUGAUAAAUAUGCAGGUAAAAGGUAAAGGGACCCCUGACCAUUAGGUCCAGUCGCGGACGACUCUGGGGUUGCGGCACUCAUCUCGCUUUACUGGCCCAGGGAGCCGGCGUACAGCUUCCGGGUCAUGUGGCGAGCAUGACUAAGUCGCUUCUGGCAAACCAGAGCAGCGCACGGAAACACUGUUUCCUUCCCGCUGGAGCGGUACCUAUUUAUCUACUUGCACUUUGACGUGCUUUCGAACUGCUAGGUUGGCAGGAGCAGGGACCGAGCAACGGGAGCUCACCCCGUCGCAGGGAUUUGAACCGCCGACCUUCUGAACGGCAAGCCCUAUCAUGUACUGGGGGGAGGUUUUUCCACACACCUGGGGCCCUUAUCCAAGAAGAAGAAGAAGAAGAAGAAGAAGAAGAAGAAGAAGAAGAAGAAGUUGUUAUUUAUACCCCACCCACCUGGCUGGUUUUCCCCAGCCACUCUGGGUGGCUCCCAACAGAAUAUUAAGAACACAAGUGGUGGUUCACUGCUGCCGCCAGACCUGCCUGAGGCAGCGACCCCACUCUGCCUAAUGACUGGGCUGGCCCUAUUAAGCCUAUGCAAUGCACUUAGUUUUGCCUGCCAUUGGAACCCUUGCUUGCAAUAUUUCCAUGCAACUGCACAGCAACCAGGGACAUGGUUGCUUCUUCUAGACAGGGGAAGGGUAAAUCGAGAGAAAAUGGACAGGACGGGUGGGUUAGAGGAUCAAAUUUUGAUGCUUGUGAUGCCGUGUGAAUGCCCAGAAAAACUUGUGUGAAUAACCUGCACCGAUCCCAAAAUAAACACCUAUCUGGAAUCAUCCAGAAAGUUGGGUCAACUUUUUCUCCGGCAAACAGGACCGGCUGCUGUGUUGAUUGUGUGUGAGGCAGGACUUGUGAAAGCAGAAAAUCUGAGCUUCUGUGAUCUUACUGCUUCAGUUCUCUGUCCUUGCAGGAUGCAGCUGACUUUGAAUGGGCCAUGUGGUUCACUUCCUUCAGAAACUUCAUCAUCUUUGCCCUCUCUGGGCAUGUUCUCUUUGCCAAGAUCUGCUCCAUGACGACUCCUCAAGUAAGCAAGUACAGUACUCUGGCCCUUUAACCUUAAGUAAGGCUUACAGCACCACCUGCUGGCAGGUUUCUGUUACAAGCAAUUGGAUCAAAUGCUUACGUCUGAAAAGUGUUUCAUCUGUGGCUGGAUCGUGACCAAGGUCAACAAAAAUUAUAUGAAGACACAACAGUGGAAAUUAAAAGAAAGCAGGAAAUGAGGGGGAUGGAAAUAAGAACUGGGGGAAAAGGCAUGGGUUAGAAUCAAUGGUGGAUUCUGUAGAAACAACAUAUAAAUAUAUUCAUGUAAAUAUAAUAAUGUUGACUCAAGCCUGUCUAAAUGUGUUGAACAUAUUGAUCAAAACUGGUCAACUUAAACUCCCCUAUGAUAGUUAAAUAGGCACACAUACACCAGAGCUAUCUAGUGAAUUAAUUUCGAGCAGCCAAAAUAAAUUUACUUUAGCAGCAAUUAAACAAGCAAUGUAAUCAGGCACAGAAAUGGACUUGAGGAUCAUUGCACUGAAUACACCUAGAAACUAGUCAUAUAGUGAGCAAUUUGAGGUGGGUGGGGAAUAGGAAGCCUUGAGGGAGUCAAGAUCCCAGGGGAUAAGGCUGCAGUCCUAACUCAACUUACCAGGGAGAAAGCCCCUGUGAAUUCAUUGGGGUUUAUUUCUGAGUAGAGUUGGUUGAGAUUGCACUGGAAGCCCCGACUUUAACAUAAUGCAUCAUUGCUGUGUACAGAUUCUCCUGUAAUACUUCAAGGCAUGCAAAAUGUAGCCAUUCUGAUCCAUGCAAAAAACUAUAAACCACAAAUGUUCAUGGCUGGGCAGUGGAGGGACCUAAACGAUACGAUACGAUAAUCUUUAUUGUCUUUGUCCCGUACAGAACAACAAAACUGAAAAUCUACAUCAGACAUUCAGAAACCAACAAGCCUGCUAUCCCAGCUAUCCCAGCCUGGUUAGCCCUCUAAAAACUCUGAUACCCCAUAAUUAAAUACAAUAUACUGCCAUAGAGACUACCUUACACUGCGUUUAAAACCAAAAUCGCAUUUGGAUAGAAACUGUUUCUCAGGCGGCUAGUCCUAGUCUUUAUAACCCUGUACCUUCUUCCAGAAGGCAGAAGCUGAAAGCGAUCAUUUCUGGGGUGCGCACUAUCCUGCGCUAUCUCUGCAGCUUUCUUAUGGCACCUGGAAGCAUAGAUUUGAUCCAAGGUGGGAAGAGUGCACCCAGUUAUUCUCUCCGCAGUCUUUACAACCCUGGACAACAUUGUUUUCCCCCUGAACCGUGCAGCUCCCAAACCACACACAGAGACCAUAAUACACCAAUGUCCCCAAAGUGUGGCAGGCUUCCCAAGUUCUCCAGAACUCUCCACAAGAAAAGAUGUUGCAGAAAUCAGAGCAGGUGUGCAGAACCUCUGGCUUCCUAGAUGUUGCUCCCAGCAUCCCCAUGUUGGCUGGGGCAGAUGGGAGCUGCAGCCAAGCAGAGGUUCAGGGGAACCAGGACAAAUGAAAAAGCCAUGCUUCUUUAUCCCAGAAUCCUAGGUGUGCAACCUGGUAUCUGGAGCACUUGGAAUAAUAAUAAUUUAUUAUUUCUACCCCGCCCAUCUGGCUGGCUCCCAACAGAAUAUUAAAAACAUGAUAAAACAUCAAACAUUAAAAACUUCCCUAAACAGGGCUGCCUUCAGAUGUCUUCUAAAAGUCAGAUAGUUGUUUAUUUCCUUGACAUCUGACGGGAGGGUGUUCCACAGGGCAGGUGCCACCACUGAGUAGGCCCUCUGCCUGGUUCCCUGUAACCUCACUUCUCACAAUGAGGGAACCGCCAGAAGGCCCUCAGAGCUGGACCUCAGUGUCUGGGCUGAUCAAUGGGGGUGGAGAUGCGAGAGUGUGUGUGUGUGUGUGUGUUUGCACACUAUUUUCACUAAUAUGUACACUUCAUUUUGUGUACAUUUUUGGUUGGAGAACUUGAAGGAGUGCAACUUUUGAAGGACAGUUGUUUUGGGGGAGUGAAAACAAGGUCAGAAUGCAUUCCAGUGCAGACCAAGCCAAAUUUCUCCUCCAUCUCCAGAAAUGUGUGGUUUCCCCCCCUUGGAAAUCUGUUUUUGGGGAGAAAGGGAAACUCCCCAUGGGAAGGGAGGCUUCCACACAGCCAAGAACGUGAGAUGAGAUCUGAAGGUGCAGCUUAAAUGGACAUCUGCGAAGGAAGGUAUUCUAGCACCACAGACCAUGAACAGAAGAGAACGGACCACAAAGGCCUGUGACAAAAGUAGACAAAAGGUUAUUUCGUUCUCUCACAGCACAGGUCUGUGGUUUACAUGGCGUACGGGCUGCUGGCCGUGCUGGGAACAUUGGGCAGCACUUACCUGAUGAUUGUCCUGUCCCACUGCUUGGUCAUCUACACCAUCUCGCUCGUUAAGCAGAAGUGGCUGUGUUUCAUCGCAGGCCUUUGCAGCUUGGCUUCCUUCAAGGUGGAGCCCUUCAGCAGCUGGCAGGUAUGUCGGUGUGCAGCUACCUCACCUGCCAAAGAGGGACUUGGCUGGCCGAGUCCUCAGGACCAGACCAGACAUGGUCAAUGUAGUGGCCUCCAAAUGUUCUUGGGCUCCCUGACCAUUGGUCAUGCUGGCUGGGGCUCAAGGGGAGUUGGAACCCAACAGUCUCUGGAUGGAAGCACAUUGGCUAUCUCUGGGUUAGGGGGCUCAAGAAGGCCCAGAUCCAAGGCAGGGUCCAAGUCCCUCACUUGGCCAUGGAACUCACUGGGGGAGACUAAGCAAGUUAUUAUUAUCUUUCAGCCUAGCCUACCAUAGAAUCAUAGAAUCAUAGAAUCAUAGAGUUGGAAGAGACCACAAGGGCCAUCGAGUCCAACCCCCUGCCAAGCAGGGGCUGGCAUUUAGGGGCAAUUUGUUGUUGUUGUUGUUGUUGUUUAUUGACUUUAUAUACAGUGGUACCACACAUUACAUACGCUUCAGGUUACAUACGCUUCAGGUUACAGACUCCACUAACCCAGAAAUAGUGCUUCAGGUUAAGAACUUUGCUUCAGGAUAAGAACAGAAAUCUUGCUCCAGCGGCGCGGCAGCAGCAGGAGGCCCCAUUAGCUAAAGUAGUGCUUCAGGUUAAGAACAGUUUCAGGACCUCUGGAACGGACCUCCGGAACUUAACCUGAGGUACCACUGUAUUGCCUUCGAGAUAAGGACAACUGUGACUUUAAAGAAGAAUGGGGGCUUUUUACAAAUUACUUAAACAACAGCAACAACGAAUUGGACUCCUUGGCAGGUUUUGAAGAAACAUACACAAAUUUAUUGAUUGUUAACUUAAUAGACAGAUGAUUUAAGGAUCUCGACAAUUUGAUAAUAUGCAGAGAAUAAUAUGUGUUGAAAAAUCAGAGAGAGGAGCUGAGGGAAAUCUCAGGGGGGAGGGAAGGGGAAAAAUUGGGGGAGGGGAUGAAAAGGAGACAAUAUGUUUUGAUAAUUUGUUAUGUUGAAAUUCUUAAUAAAAACUAUUUUUAAAAAAGAAUUUAUAUACUGCCCUAUACUCGGAGGUCUUAGGGCAGUUCACAUAAAAGGAUCACGGCAUAUAAAAUAAAAAGCAAUAACCCAAUAAUUACACCGCCCCACAAAACAGCCACAUUUUAAAAGGGUAUGGGAUGCUGAUCAGGUCAGCCAAAGGCCUGGUUAAGAAGCAACGUUUUUGCCUGGUGCCUAAAGGUGUAUAAUGAAGUGCCAGGCCAAUUUCUUUGGGGAGAACAUUCCACAGAAGGGGAGCCACUGCAGAGAAGGCCCUUGUGUUGCCACCCUCCGGACCUCUCGUUGGCAUCUGCCUGUCUCAAGAGACGGCAAAGUGUGCCUCCAGGGGUGCAGCCACAUCGCUGGAGAAUCACAGCGCCAGCUGUGGCUGCAGAGACCAGUAACUCGCAGCUGCUGCCUCCUGCGUUGUUUUUGUUGCGUUAGUAGCACCAACGUGACCUCCCUGGGGCGCAGGUGACCAGACCCCUCUCUCAGCUUUGCUGAUAUAGCCCAAAGAAAAGCAGAGCAAAGAAGCAGAGCAACUCCCAGUUUGGCUACUGGAGUUGCUGGAAGGAGCAUACAAGGCACCAUCCAACCGUCUUAGGGACUUCACUCCAGAUUUGUGUAAGCUCCUUGGGCUUUUCUUCUCCCAGAGAUGUCCUGCAAGGCUGCAGGUAUCAAUUUUUCUUUGGGGUUUACUCCUGAAGCCUUUCUUGCAAAUGAGUAUAAUCACAAGAGGUUCAGGAUCAGAGUUUUCCUUCUCCUAGAUGGGCUCCCUUCCCAGGUUGACAAGCCCCAUCUGCCCCUCACUUCCCUCUACAGCUCGGACAAAAACGGCCUUCUUGACUGUUGGACCCACACUUAUUCUCGUCUGCCCAACCCGCCAAUGGGGUGGUGUUAAUAAGGGAUAUAUUAUAAUAUAAAAGGUAAAGGUAAAGGGAGCCCUGACCAUUAGGUCCAGUCGUGACCAACUCUGGGGUUGUGGCGCUCAUCUCGCUUUAUUGGCUGAGGAAGCCGGCGUACAGCUUCCGGGUCAUGUGGCCAGCAUGAAUAAGCCACUUCUGGCGAACCAGAGCAGCGCACAGAAACGCUGUUUACCUUCCCGCCGGAGCAGUACCUGUUUAUCUACUUGCACUUUGACAUGCUUUUGAACUGCUAGGUGGGCAGGAGCAGGGACCGAGCAAUGGGAGCUCACCCCCGUCACGGGGAUUUGAACCGCUGACCUUCUGAUCGGCAAGCCCUAGGUUCUGUGGUUUAACCCACAGCACCACCCGCGUCCCAUAUUAUAAUAUAGCUUGUUCAAAAAUAUGUUCAGAUCAGAGCUGCCUGAAAGAUCUAGUUCACAGGGCGAACCGAGAGGUUUCUAUGCACCAGACGAGACUCUGAAGCAACCUCGUUUCCUUGGUAUAUGUGGUAACUAUUCUCUUUUGUCCAGAAUGGGUUUGUAACAGGAAAUUUUGAUCUUCAAGAUGUUCUCUUUUACGGAGGAACCGGCUUCAGCAUCAUGCGUGCCAUGAGUUUUGCCCUGGAGAACUGCGAGAGGAAGGAAGGCAAUUACUCCAUCUUCGCCCUCCUGAAAUACAAUUUCUACCUCCCCUUCUUUUUCUUCGGACCUGUCAUGACCUUUGACCGGUUCUACGACCAGGUGGGCUGGAUUCACUGCCAUGCUCUUUGCUACUCCUUUCCUAAGUUUAAGGCAUGCUAUUCCUUUCUUGGACGGGGGGCUGUUGGGCAACCCUUUGUGGCUUAGGGCCCUCGUAUUUACGGGACCGCUUCUCCUGGUAUGCCCCACAAAGGACCUUAAGGUCCAUGAAUAACCAUAGUUUAGAGGUCCCGGGCCCUAAGGAAGUCAGAUUAUCCUCCACCAGGGCCAGGGCCUUCUCAGUGAUGGCUCCGACCUGGUGGAAUGCUCUGUCCCAUGAGACCAGGCCCUGCAGGAUGUAACUUCCUUCCGCAGGGCCUGUAAGACAGAGCUAUUCUGCCUAGCUUUCAAUUUGAACUUAGCCUGAUCUUUUGUUCCCCUUCCUUCCCUCCCCCUCCCCUUUUUUAUGAAGAUCCCACAGCUAAUUCUCCCCUGGUCUCCUCACUGGCCCAAAUAGGACUAACUUAGCCAGCUAGCCCUGGUGAUCAUCAAAUGUUUAUUGGAUGGAUUUUCCCCCUAAAUUGAUUUUUGAAUUCUGAGUUUAUUGUAAUUCACGUUUUAUGCUGUAUUUUAUGCUGUUUUUUGUUGUAUCAAUUAAGUGUUUUAAAUUUGUUGUUAGCUGCCCUGAGCCCGGUUUUCUGAACCAGGAAGGGCGGAGUAUAAAUAAAAAAUUAUUAUUAUUAUUAUACUCCCUGAGACAGUCACUCAUGCUACGUGAUGUUCUCUCUGGGUCCAUGAACAAAGCACACGUCCUUCCAUCUCCCCCAUUUUCCCUGACCACAGGUGCACAUCAGUGAGUUGCGGCGCAAAGACUAUGAGAUGUGGCACAUCUGUGUCCAUGCUUUCGUCCAUCUUGUGGCCAUCAUGGCAGUGGAUGUCUUUUUCCACUUCUUCUAUAUCCUGACCCUUCCUUCGGACAUGAAGUUUGUCAACCACCUCUCAGAUUGGGCGUUGGGUGAGUGAGUCCUCCGUUCUGUGUUCGGGGAAUAAAGGAAGCCCCUUUCUUAUUUUCUUUCCAGCGUGAUUUCCACAUAGAUCAUUCCCACGUGCUCUUAAGAUUACUUUCACGGGAGACAUUCCAGUAGAAUGCAGGGAUGGGGAAAAGAUGUUGGGAGUGGCCUGCGUUUUCAUGAGACACCAAUUCACACUUCUCAAACCAAUCAGCGAAACAAAGCAAAAUUCUCCUUUGAAAUUUUCACUUCUCCGAAUUUUGCAUUGCAGUCCUCACGCCAGAUAACAUGUGCAAAAAUGCAUACAUUAGCAUGCAAAGAAAAGUUUGUAUACUAGUCAAAAUUGCAUACAAAGAUGUGUAAAGGUAAAGGGGCCCCUGACCAUUAGGUCCAGUCGUGGCCGACUCCGGGGUCGCAGCGCUUAUCUCACUUUAUUGGCCGAGGGAGCCGACGUACAGUUUCAGGGUCAUGCGGCCAGCAUGACUAAGCCACUUCUGGCGAACCAGAGCAGUGCACGGAAAUGCUGUUUACCUUCCCGCCAGAGCAGUACCUAUUUAUCUACUUGCACUUUGACGUGCUUUUGAACUGCUAGGUGGGCAGGAGCAGGGACCGAGCAACGGGAGCUCACCCCAUCGCGGGGAUUCGAACCACCAACCUUCUGAUCAGCAAGCUCUAGGCUGAGUGGUUUAACCCACAGCGCCACCCAUGUCCCACAAAGAUCCGUACUUUAGGAGAAAUUUGCAUUAAAUUGUGGGUGGAUUUUCAGGACGAUUUUUUAAAAACAACAACAAAAUAUAUUAAAUUUCUGAGCAGAUGUGGAGAACUGGAUUUAACACUGGAAAGACAUGAAACACAGACGACUUUGUCCAUCCAUAGGUACAUGGAAAGUUGCCUUAUACUGAGUCGGAACAUUGACCCAUAUAGCUCAGACCUGUCUACACUGACGGGCAGUUUUCAUAUAGGGAGUCUUCCUCUGUCUUACCUGGAGAUGCUGAGGACCGAACGUGGGACCUUCUGUAUCCAAACCAGUUCCCCAAAAUUCUGCACGUAGUCCUGUGCCCUUGCUUCCUUGUACGUCAACCUGCUGCCCCUUUCCUUCCUCUUCUGUCCCGCAGCUGGCCUGGCUUACUCCAACCUGGUCUACGACUGGGUAAAAGCCGCAGUGAUGUUUGGGGUCAUCAACACUAUCGCCAGGCUGGAUCACCUGGACCCCCCUCAGCCGCCCAAAUGCAUCACCAUGCUCUACGUCUUUGCAGAAACGUGAGUAUACUCACCGAUAUCUUCACAGUCUCCAAUUGCUCGGGAGAUUGUCCUGGGCAGCUGUGGAAAGGCGGGGGGAGACUGUCAGCCUUAGGAACUGCUUCAUGGAGGCAAGACCUGCCAGAGAUUAGUUGCUGUGCUCUUUAGGCCUGACUACUCCUGCGCAGAAUCUGUUUUUGCUAAUAAAGAGUUAACUAUGUCCCACACAAAUGGACGUGGGUGGCGCUGUGGGUUAAACCACAGAGCCUAGGACUUGCUGAUCAGAAGGUCGGCGGUUCAAAUCCCCGCAAUGGGGUGAGCUCCCAUUGCUCGGUACCUGCUACUGCCAACCUAGCAGUUCGAAAGCUCGUCAAUUAAAACACUUAAUUGUAAUACAGUGGUACCUGUGGAUGCGAACGGGAUCCAUUCCGGAGCCCCGUUCACAUCCCGAAGUGAAUGUAACACGUGUCCGCGCAUCUUCGCGUGCGCAGGUCAUGUUUCGGCGCUUCCACGCAUGCACGUGACGUCAUUUUGAGCGUCUGCGCAUGUGCGAGCGGCGAAACCCAGAAGUAACACGCUCCGUUACUUCCGGGUCGCCAUGGAGCGCAACCCGAAAAUAUUCAUCCCGAAGCGUAUUUAUCCCGAGGUAUGACUGUACUACAUAGAAGCAGCAUAAAAUACAGUAUAAGCACGAAUAACAAUAAAAUUCAAAAAACUUCAAAAAUCGAUUUGGGGAAAAUCCAUCCAAUAAGCAUUAAAUAGUCACCAGGGCUAGCUGGCUGAAUUGGUCCUACUUGGGCCAGUGAGGAGGCCAGGGGAGAAUUAGCUAUGGGGUCUCAGAGUGGGUAAUCUUCAUAAAAGGGGAGGGGGAGGGAAGGGAAGGGAAAUAAAUGAUCAGGCUGAAUUCAAAUUAAAGGCCAGGCGGAAUAGCUCUGUCUUACAGGCCCGGCAGAAGGAGGUUAAAUCCUGAAGGGCCCUAGUCUCCUGGGACAGAGCAUUCCACCAGGUCGGAGCCAUCACUGAAAAGGCCCUGGCCCUGGUGGAGGAUAGUCUGACUUCCUUAGGGCCCGGGACCUCUAAACUAUGGUUAUUCAUGGACCUUAAGAAUAACGCUGAGAAUAAAAAUCUGAUUCUCUACCGACUGAGCUUGUGCUCUUUGCUUUCAAGCGGAAUCCAAACACUAUGGAAAAUGUAAAACUAUUUCCAGCCCCCCCCCCAAAAAAAUUAGUCAAUGAAAAUGCAGCAGCAACAGUCAAUAAAACAAAGCCAUUGAACAGCCAUCGGAAAAAUAAAUAGACUAUCGAACCCCUUGCAUGAACACACACAAACCUUGUUUCUAAGAGGGACAGUUCAAAGCUUGCCUCUUGAAAAUAAAUAUCUCAUUUCCCCAAUAACUCUAAAUCCACUGUUUGCUUCUAUGGUAUUGUGGGCUUUUCAUUGCCUUUGGUAUUUUUAUAUUCUUCUGACUGGCUUUGAAAGGCACCUUGAACUGUGGAAGUGGCAGCAUUUAAAGGCACACUUGAGAACCAUGAAAGAUUCCUUGCCGUAUAUAUUGUUUAGACAGGCCUUUGAAACACGAAGUUUCUCUUUCUUAACCAAUCAGUAUUUACUGAGGUUUUCAACAAUGUUUUUACAGAGGCCUUUUGCAGAUAUUAUUCUUGCAUGCUGUGUGGCGCCUGGAUUUUUUUUAAAUGAAAACUUGAAUUAUAAAUUGGUAAAUAAAAUAAAAUCUGGUGUUACUUCCCCCAUGGGCUUAGAGCACUUUGCAGUAGCCAUGUGCCUUGGAGGGAAUAGAUGUGGAAUCAGGGGCAACAAAUAAAGCAAAAGCUUCUGUUUUUUAAUCUAACUUUUGCAUUUGUCUCGCAGGCACUUUGACAGAGGGAUUAACGACUGGCUAUGCAAGUAAGUUUCCUUUCCUGCGAUGGCACUUAAUGUUUCUUGGGGUCCCUGGGAGAUUUCCUGCUCUCAUAACAAACUAUUCACAGUUGGUGGUGGAGAAAUAAGGGAAUAUUCAUCUAGUGCCUGCCAUUUCUACCUAAUAAUAAUAAUAAUAAUUUAUCAUUUAUACCCCGCCCAUCUGGCUGGGUUUCCCCAACCACUCUGGGCGGCUUCCAACAGAACACUAAAAUACAAUAACCUAUUAAACAUUAAAAGCUUCCCUAAACAGGGCUGCCUUCAGAUGUCUUCUAAAAGUCUGGUAGUAGUUCUUCUCUUUGACAUCUGGUGGGAGGGCAUUCCACAGGGCGGGUGCCACUACCGAGAAGGCCCUCUGCCUGGUUUCCUGUAACUUGGCUUCUCGCAGUGAGGGAACCGCCAGAAGGCCCUCGGCACUGGACCUCAGUGUCCGGGCUGAACAAUGGGGGUUACUUCAGGUAUACUGGACCGAGGCCAUUUAGGGCUUUAAAGGUCAGCACCAACACUUUGAAUUGUGCUCGGAGAUGUACUGGGAGCCAGUGUAGGUCUCGGUGGCCGCUCCCAGUCACCAGUCUAGCUGCCACAUUCUGGAUUAGUUGUAGUUUCAGGGUCACCUUCAAAGGUAGCCCCAUGUAGAGCGCAUUGCAGUAGUCCAAGCGAGAGAUAACCAGAGCAUGCACCACUCUGGCGAGACAGUCAGUGGGCAGGUAGGGUCUCAGCCUGCAUACCAGAUGGAGCUGGUAAACAGCUGCCCUGGACACAGAAUUGACCUGUGCCUCAAUGGACAGCUGUGAGUCCAGAAUGACUCCCAGGCUGCGCACCUGGUCCGUCAGGUCCUUAUCAAAUCAUAGAAUUGUCAACUUCAGGUUCUACCCUCUGGAGCAGCAGAAAAGAAGCUUAUUCCAUCUUGGGGACAUGAAACCUCGAGCCAACCUUCUCACUGUGUGUGUGUGUGUGUGUGUGUGUGUGUGUGUGUGUGCUUUGAUUCCUAGGUACGUCUACGAUUAUAUCGGGGGCAAUCAUGACAACAUCUUGAAGGAGCUGGUAGCCACCAUCGCCACCUUUCUUGUGACCACCCUCUGGCUUGGUCCUUGCGAAAUAGUUUACAUCUGGUCCAUCUGCAACUGCUUUGGCCUCAAUUUUGAGCUGUGGGUGCAGCAGUUCUUUCAGCUGAAGCCAUUUGCUGCCAUAGAGGUAUAAGUGUUGGUCCUUAAUGCAUUGCUAGACUCUUAAGACCCGCUGGGCUGAGGGUGCAGAUACCUCCAGAUGUUAUUGUGUUGCAUGUGUGCAGCCAACACUAGCAUAUGUUCGUAGACACAUUGCAGAGAGGUUAAGGAUCUUUUACUGGCGUUACGGCAUACACUUGUCAUCUUUUUCUUCUUUGGCGAUCACUCGUAGCCGAGUAAGAUUGUCUUCCAUAAACAGUUUUAAUAGUGAGUCCGUAAGUGACUGUGGAGGCCAAUUUUGGAUCCACACGUCCUUCCACAGUGGGGACAUUGGUUUCCGGGUGGGAGUUGAUCACGGUGUGGAUUUGCCAAGCGUGCCUUCCUCUUAGCGCGUUUCUCCCUUUCGUUCUGAGUUCAAGUGUCUUUGAAGCCCAUGACACCUUUGGUAAAGGCUGUUCUCCAACUGGAGCGCUCGCAGACCAGUGUUUUCCAGUUGUCAGUGUGUAUACUACAUUUUUUUAGAUUUGCCUUGAGAGAGUCUUUAAACUUUUUUUGUUGACCACCAGCAUUACGCUUUCCAUUUUUAAGUUGGGAAUAGAGUAGUUGCUUUGGAAGACGAUAAUCAGUCAUCUGAACAACAUGACCAGUCCAACGAAGUUGAUGUUGAAGAAUCAUUGCUUCAACACUGGUGAUCUUUGCUUCUUCCAGUACACUGGCAUUAGCUCACAAGUCUUCCCAAGUGAUGUGUAACAUUUUUCGGAGACACUGUUGAUGGAAUCCUUCGAGGAGUUGGAGAUGACGUUUAUAAGUGGAUAUACUUGCUAUGGUUGUGUGUUAACCCUUAAACUUAUGCCCAUGAGAAACUCUCACACAAGUCUCUUCUCCCGGGCAGGCCAGAAUGUCGGAGGCAAUGUCUCGGCGGAUUAGAGGCUUCUUUGGGGCAGCCAACUUCUGGGCUAUCGUCCUGUACAACAUCCUUGCCCUCAAUAGCCUCGAAUUCUCCAUUCUCGUUGCCACGAGAAUUCUCCAAACAGGUAACGUUCCUCCAGCAACCCCUUUCGAUGGGCUGAAAACCAUCUUUACCAUGGCUGCACCCGUUAGCCAGCUUACAUGACAAACCCACUAGAGACGCGGAUCGAUAUUUGGAAGUGAACACCUGCUGUUUCUGAGACUCUUCGGCCUCUUGACCUCCUUACUUAUCUUCAGUAGCACACAUUACUUCUUCUGUCCCUGGUCCCUGUGGGGGGCGUCCUAGGCCCUUCCAUCCUCUCAUAAAACUCUGCCUCAGAACUGGGUUAAAAGUAUGAGGGACCUCAGGCUAACACAGCCUUCCUCAGCCUUGGGCCCCCAGAUGUUGUUGGACUACAACUCCCAUCAUCCCUGACCACUGGUCCUGGUAGCAAGGGAUGAUGGGAUUUGUAGUCCAACAACAUCUAGGGGCCCAAGUGUGAGAAAGGUGGGGCUAAUAGAAGGAGAGGGGUGGGGAACCUCAGGCUCAGGGUCCAAAUGGGCCCCCUCAAAUCCUCUCUGUCUGUCCCUCAGGACUUCCCCCCAGCCACACCUCUCACUGUUUUUGCCUAUCUGGAAUUUGUCCUUGAACUCUGAGCAUGUCUUUUGGGCCAAGGGUAGAGGGUGCAUGUGAGCAUGUACAGAGAAGGAAUGACUGCUAAACCAGUCUAAAACUGUGGCCCAGAUAUGCUCAUUCUCUCAUAACAUUCCGGUUCCUCAACAGACACUAUUUGGCCAGCUACGAAAUAUCUGCCCUGUGGCCAUGUUGAUCUCUUCUCCUUCGCUCUCCUCCUCAGGUUUCCCCCUCAGCACAUUAUCCAUAUGGUUCAUCACUUACUGCGGUGUGCAGCUGAUCAAGGAGAGAGAACGUUUCCUGGCUCUCCAGGAGGAGAAAGGAGACAAGGACAAGACAGAGUAAAGGAGAGGGAGAGAGGCCAGCCCGCAAAAUGGCCGCCGCAGCUUUUUGACGCGCUAGGCCAAAGUGCCUGACCCCUCAGCCCUGAGCGCCUGUAUGCUGCCACGAAGAUCUCCUGUAGCCACGUACAAGCUCACCUGUGUAAUGAACUCCUUUCCCCAUUUAAAUUAAAAAAGAUAUUUUCUAUAAGACUCAAACACAAGGGCUGCCAAGUUAUUUCUGUAAAGAGCCGUUGUGUUGUGAGUGUGCCAUGCUCAGACCUCGCUGUUUUUUGGGAGCGCCUCUCAUCUAUGGCCAGCUUCUGGCUCUGCGGGAAGGUUGCAUAUUGUCACAAACCAUUAAAUAGUAGGUAAUAUACAGUGGUGCCUCGCAAGACGAAAUUAAUUCGUUCUG